UGGCUCACUUAGCCCUUCUGCAGGCAUGAAUGUAGUACUUAAACUGCCUUGGAAAAAGGAAGGAACAGAGGGUUAGCAAGUGAGAGAGAGGUAAUCCUGCAAACUACCACUACCGCCAUGAAGACAUUGAAUGUUCUCCUUCUCAUCUUAGUCCUGUUUCACGUCAAUGACAGCAGAGAAUGGCCUAUGCACACAGUCUGCAAAGAGGACAACUUGGAAAUAUAUUACAAAAGCUGUGAUCCCCAGCAAGAUUUUGCUUUGAGCAUUGACCGUUGUUCUGAUAUUGUAACCCGCACCUUUAACAUCAGAAGUGCAAUUGUCCUGAGACACAGCAUUAAGGAACUGUACCUCAAGGCUAACCUCAUCAUAAAUGGAAAGACGGUCUUAACCUAUUCAGAGACGAUUUGUGAGCCAGGUCAUCCCAAGCUUGUUUUCUGUGGAAAGAAGAAAGGAGAACAAUUCUACUAUGAAGGACCAGUCACACUGGGAAUUGCAGAAAUCCCACAGGGAGAUUAUACUGUUUCAGUAAAGCUGACUAAUGAAGAUCAUGCCACUGUCGCUUGUGUUGAUUUUACAGUGAAAAAUUAUUCAGAUUAUUAUUAGCAACAAACCAACUUCAUGAAAGCUACAGACUACCAAAGCUGUUCAAGCCAAGUGAGCUGCUUGCAUCCCACAAUAUUUCUGAAGUAAUCCCUACAUGGUAGUUCUAAUGUUAUUCCCCUUUAUAAUUCACUAUUUUCAAGAAGUCACUAGACCCUCUAGUCGUAAUUUUAUCUCUAAAUGCACACUGUAGCCCACUUUUGCUCCUAAUAUGUACAGCUGGAAGUAGAAAUUAUCUGAUACUAACAUCCUCAUCUUACGAUGAAAAUAGAAUGAUGCAGAAUAGGCAAGAGCCUAAGCAUUUUUUUGAAGUUGGAGGUACCCAUUUCUAACACAGGCUAAAGAAGACUUUCAUAUGUAUCAUACGUUAUGCAGUUACAGCACACAACAUUUUCACUGGGACCUGCCUGAAGCCUCCACUAGUACAGAUUUUGUGACAAUCACAGAACAAAGACCAACUGGGAUUAAAGUGCCCUUUUGCCUGUGAUCCAUGCUCUGUCAUUGCAUUCAUGAUACUCAAGUCUUCUGGUGUCUACAUGGAACUUUUUGUUAUCUAAUGUCUCUCUAGUGAUGUGUGAAUUAUUCUAGAUUUAAGACAUGUGCACUUAUUGCUUCUCAAUAAA